CAAUCGUUUGCCAGCUGGCUCGUUUGACGUCAGUGAGGUCGAUUUGACUGGCGCUCAGUGCAGCUCUUGACGAUCAUCACGCAGCUACGAACCAUGGCGUCCGACGAAGCGAAACCCGUGUUGACCAAGGAGGAGAAGGCGGUUAAGAAGGCAGCCAAGCUGGCCAAGAAGCUGGCCAAGGAGCAGGCGAAGGCCGAGGCUGAGGGAUCCGACUCGAGCGUCAAGAAGGAGAAAAAGCACAAGAAGGAAAAGAAAGAGAAGAAAAGUAAGAAGCGCAGUCGCGAGGCCGACGAUGACAACGACGAGACGGACCCGGCCGAGGACACGGCCGAGAGUGAGGUGGAGGCCCCUGCUACCAAGAAGGUCAAAAGCGAGAAUGCCACCCACGUGGGUGGAGAGGAGAACCCGUCGCUCGACAACUUCCGCAUUUGCGAUGAAACCAAGAAGAACCUUCAGGCCCGUGGCAUUCACACACUUUUCCCCAUUCAGGCCAUGACGUUCGAUAAGAUUUUGGACGGAAAGGACCUUAUGGGCCGCGCUCGUACGGGUAUGGGCAAGACUCUGGCCUUCGUGUUGCCCGUGAUUGAGCUGCUGCUCAAGGACAAGCGACCGCGCUCGCGUGGCCGUGCUCCUCGCGUUGUGUGCAUGGCCCCCACGCGUGAGUUGGCCAAACAGGUGGCCUCAGAGUUCGAGUUGACGGGCCCUUCGCUCAGUACAGUCUGCAUCUACGGCGGUGCCUCGUACCAGUCGCAGAACAAUGCAUUCCGUAGCGGUGUGGACAUUCUGGUGGGUACGACUGGCCGUGUCAUUGACCACAUCGACCGUGGCAACCUUCGUCUGCACAACUGCGAGUUUCUCAUCCUAGAUGAAGCCGAUACCAUGCUGGAAAUGGGAUUCCGUGAGGACGUGCAGAAGGUCUUUACGGCUAUGGAUCAGGUGAAGAACGAGAGCACCGGAAAGCGUCAAACGCUGUUGUUCUCUGCUACGAUCCCCAAGUGGGUAAAGGACGUUGCCGAUAAGUACAUGAAGAAGGCCGAGUACGUCAACCUGGUCAAGGACUCGGACGACCAGGCGUCCACUGAUGUGCAACAUAUUGCCAUCCCAUGCCACUGGCAGGGCCGGCCGACGUUGCUGGCCAACCUGCUCGGUGUGUAUGCUAAAAAGGACUCUCGUACUAUUAUCUUCGCUGAAACCAAGAAGGACUGUAACGAGCUUGCUGUGCACCCCGAGAUCAAGACUGACUGCCAGGUGCUGCACGGUGACAUUGCUCAGGAGCAGCGUGAGACGACCAUGAAGGCUUUCCGUGAGGGCCGUCUGCGUCUGCUCAUUGCUACGGAUGUGGCCGCGCGUGGCCUGGACAUGAAUGUCGACCUUGUGAUCAAUUCGGAACCUCCUCGCAAGAUGACGGGUAUGGCUGACGUCGACACGUACGUGCACCGUUCCGGCCGUACGGGCCGUGCUGGUAAGAAAGGUAUCUGUAUCACUCUGUACACGAACCGCCAGCGUGACCAGCUGAACCAGAUCGAGCGCAAGAUCGGCAACAAGUUCAUCAUGAAGGGCCCACCAGACCAGGAAGACUUGAUCAAGGCAUCGGCAGAGAAGGCCUUGAAGGAGAUUGACAAUGUGGAUCCGGCCAUGGUUGAGAUCUUCCAAGAAAAGGCGAGUGAGCUGCUCGAGACGAUGGAGCCUGAGAAGUGUCUGGCUGCUGCGCUCGCCUGCAUUACGGGCCACACGAAGCCUCCUCGUCGCACUUCGCUCAUGUCUGGUGUCCCCGACUACGUGACUGUGUUGUUCACGAGCUCCAACUUCAUCCGUGCUAAGGGCUACGUAUGGAACGCUGUGAACCGUGACAUUCCGGAAGAUAUCGCGAAAGACAUUAAGCAGAUGACUCUGACUGAAGACUCGAUGGGCGCUUGCUUUGAUCUCCCCAUUGCCGGUCUGGAACUUUUGGAGAAGCAGAUCGAGGAAGGAGGCAUGAACUGUCCGUACUCGAUCCCGAAGACGCUACCGAAGCUGCAGCAGUCAGCGUACCAGAUGCGUCAACAGAGCUACGGUGGCCGCGGUGGUGGCCGUGGUGCAGGCCGUGGCUAUGGAGGUGGCCGCGGAGGCCGAGGCCGUGGAGGUGGCGGCCGUGGACGCCGGUACUAAAAUGCUUCAAGCAACAACCUCGAAUGAGCACAAGAACCAAGUGCUUGGCGAGGUAGUUAGAUAGGUUAUCCCAACUCCCUAACGUUAAAUAUUGUAUAGAGGUUUGCCAUUCAACAUCAUAUUAUUCCAGUCGUAACAACACGAAUCGAGCCAAGCUUCAGCGAGUUACCCACUAUCC